AUCAUCCUCUUAGUUACUUGACGACCUUCAAAAAAAGUAUGUUCUUGUCUGAAGUUUUCACUUUUCUUGUGAGGAUUUCUUGAUUUUCGUACAAGAACUACUGUAGUCUUAUAAUACAUGCAUUAUCAACAUUUACGGCGACGUCGUCAAGAACAAAGAAAAUGACAUCAGCAACAUCUUCAUUUUCUACUGGGCGUGCCACGACAUCAAAGAAAAUGACAGCAUCAUCAAGCCGUGUGAUUCAGUUCCGUAAAGAUGGUCGUUUACGCGGUGAGCUGCGUCCUCUCAAUUGCGAGGUUACUGGCGAUGGCAGUGCCACUGUCUCCUUGGGAGGGACCACCGUUUUAUGCCGAGUCUUCGGACCCUACGAAAGCGGCUCUGAACAAAAUCGCGUCUUUUUUCAAAAUGUCAGUGGAGGCGGGACGUCGUCUUACUCCGUCUGUUCGAGUGGUGGUGGUGGUGGCGGAAACUCUUUGUCCAUGAACGGAGGUGGAGGCUUGGGAGGAGCAUCGAGGAAGGUUGCUGUGGUGCCUACGUCCGCCUCUGGUGGCGGAUCUAUUAGUGGCACUUUGAGUUCCAGUAUGAAGAUUUCCAAUUCCACAGCAGGAACUUGUAGUUCUAGAGAAUCCGCGAAUUGGCUGUCUGGGGUCUUGAACUUCGAAAUCACGGUUGGACGUGCCGGAACAGGAAAGCUUGGCGCAGAUCAGGUCUCUCAGCAGCGCUUGCAGCAACACGCGUCGCAUCUAUCGGGUGUUUUUGCUCAAGCCCUCACUGGAGGGGACAACCACAGACUGCUAGGCGGUGGAAACAAAGUGCUAAACAUCGCACUGCACGUGGUAGAAUUGGACGGCUCUUUGUUUUCAGCACUGGUAAACGCGACAACUUUGGCGAUUUGUGAUUUAGGGUGCUUAGAAUUCCCGAGAGGGCUCAUUGCUGCGUCGUCCACAGGCCAGCUGUCAGCCAAAGAACACCUGGUACGAAGUACAUUUUCAUCAUCUGCACCUACUUCGAGAAAAAGUUUUUCUUCAUUAAAGAUGAGGAGUAUUAAGCGGAGGAGAAUAGGCCACGACGAUGAUGUUGAAAAAGCUACAGACGAGAAGGAAAAACAAGGAAAAUCACCUACGACCAACAGAGGCAUCAGCGACGUCGAACAAGACAAGGAAAAAGAAGAGGAAGAAGAAGAUUCUUCAACUUCUACUGGCGAUGAAGAUGAAGAAGAUGAGGAUCUUGCACACUCAUCGCAAGUAGAAGAAGAUUGUAGCUCUUCGGAGCAGCGGAUGAACCUCCAGGAAGAGGACGAAGAAACCUCAACUAGGUCUUCUACUUCCCUAUUCGACCAACAUACAGUCGCGGUCGACUUACUGGACGAGGAAGAGCGACAUAAUUCGACUGCCACGACUGUGGUCACCGCAGGAGACGGGUCAAUGCUACUGCUCCAAGCUGGCAGGGUCCGCGACGCACACGUUUUGCGCACUCUAGUCGACUCAGCAGUGUCUUCGUGUCAGUGUGUCCGGACCACUCUGAGGCAAACCCUGUUGGACUCGAACCGCAAACAAUUUGCACAAGGAGAGCCGUAAUCGGAAAAGUAUAACAGGAAACUACAAUUUAGGAGUGGCGAAAUGAAGUCUGUAAGUAAGUCUAAUAGGAGGUCCUUUUUCUACUCGAAAAGUGAAAAUAGGCGAGUUGCUAAAGGAAAUAGAAGAGAUGAGAGUCACUACGCAACAUAGCUCGGCUAUUCUAGGUAGUUCCUCGCUUCUUUCAGUCUGUCGAUUAUCCUAGAACGAUAAUAUUAUAUCUGUCUAGUAGGUAUGGAAAAAACAGGACGUUUACGUAGUCUUCUACUAGUUUAUCUCACAAUGAAUCUAGUUCUAGUCCUUUUUCACCUCGUCCCCCUAUGCACCAUGCAAACAUUCCCCUUGCCCUGCUCCCGAACUACAUGUUGUUCAAUUUUUAUAACCUUGCCAGGAUCAUGUAGUUGAACAAGCAACGCGAAACCGAAUUUUUCUAUGUAAUUCAUGGCCACUUGUUGAGCG